AUGUCUAAACCAUCAAGAAUGAAACAUCCUACUAACAGGAAUUAUUCUAGUGAUAACAAUCCCGGAAUUGUUGAAGCGAUUCGCAAUAAAACGAAGGAAGUGCUCGAGGAACAAGAAGCGUCUCGUAUCGCAAAAGAGGAGGAAAUGGGCAACAAAAGCAAGCCGAAAAAGAAAUAUAAGCGGAAACAUGACCUUGUUACUCCUAAGCCUUUGCGACCUCGUCGAGAAGACGGUAAAAAUUUGAAUGCUUCCCACCGAAACCGAAGGGGCACGAGGAGUAAAGCCAAGGGGAUCAGCAUCAAUGACCCACCACCUCAAGCGGAGCAACCAACACAUGAAAAAUAUGAUUCCGAAACACCUACUGAACAAGAAGGUGGUCACAAACAAGUUGAAGAAGAAGAAAGUGAUGAGGAACAAAGUGGUGCCAAGGAAGGUGGUGAAGAAGAAAGUGAUGAGAGUUCAAGUGAUGAGGAAGUUAAUGAGGAACAAAGUGGUGGCAAGGAAGAACAAGUGCAAGAAGAAGUCCAAGGAGGAGAAGUUCAACAACAAGUACAAGGAAGGGACGCUCAAGAACAAGGUAAGAAAGAUGGUAAGAAGAAAGAUGGCCCAAAGAAGAAGAAAGGUGACCAUAUGCCUGACCCGGAGAAGACGUUUCUUCGCGGCCCUAAUGAUCCCGUUUACGGGUUACCCGGUGAUGGAGGACAGAUGUUAUGGGGAUACAAAGACAUUUUGGCCGCCGUCGUUUUCCAUACAAUAGAUCACAAGGAUGUUGUUCGUUUUAUGAAGCCAGGAACGUCAGUGAGGUUGAUACCUGCGGUCAAGAAUUUGGACCUUGGUUACGACAUACCUCUUUGUUCCUCCUUUGACGAGAGAUAUUACGGGGAUACAUAUACUUUGCAUCUUCCAUUUGGAGAAAUGACAAUAACUCCACGUGAUGCGCAGCUCAUUACCGGGCUAAGCAUAGAAGGUAAUGCCGUGAAGCACAAAGGAAUACGAGUCGGGCACUUGAUAACCCAAGCAAUGCUAGAAAUCAUGGAAGGGAAAAAUGUGAAGGCCAAUGAAAAGAUAAUUGAUGAAUUGAACAGUCUCGAAGAUGUGGAAGUUUGUGCAAAGUUUGGGGAGCUGGAGGAGGAGGAUGAGGAGCCAAGGAAGGAAAGGAAGAGAUAG